UCUGUCACUGCUGGCAUCCAGACAGCUGCAAGCUCGUGGCAAUGCAUCUUUCGAACGAGAGGGAGGGAGAACAGCAGCAGUCGUUUGGGCAGUCAGCAAACUAUCGCAGUUGUCUGGGUGACAGCUAUCUCGGCUCAACAGUUUAUGAGCGAGUAAAGAAUGAGAAGAGAGGAUUCUCUUACUGACUGGACAGCGCAGGAGACUCACCCUAAAAAGACUUUGACAUGAAGAAGGACAUUGAGACGCUGAUAGCAGAGGAACGGGCUGACAUCAUCUCCAAGUAUGACAAGGGCAGGCAGGAGGGUGUCCACAUCGACCCCUGGGAGGAUACUGACUACAGCAUCUAUAAGGUCACAGACCGACACGGCUUCCUGCACGAAGAGGAGCUGCCGACUCCGAGUGCAAUUGAAGAGAAGCAAAAGCAUCAGGAGAUAGAGCGGGUGGAGAAAUGGCUGAAGAUGGUCAAGAAGUGGGACAAGUACAGGAACAGCGACAAGAUGGUGAAGCGUGUGUACAAGGGAAUCCCCCUCCAGUUGAGAGGCCAGGCCUGGGCUCUGCUACUGGAUGUAGAGAAGGUGAAGCAGGAGAACUCUGGAAAGUAUGAGACUAUGAAGGAGCAGGCCAGGAGUUUCUCUACAGAGAUCAAACAGAUUGAUCUGGAUGUCAACAGAACCUUCCGGAACAACAUCAUGUUCAUGGAACGCUUUGGAGUCAAGCAGCAGGCCCUGUUCCAUGUGCUAGCGGCCUACUCCGUAUACAACACGGAGGUGAGCUACUGCCAGGGGAUGAGUCAGAUCGCCGCCAUCCUGCUCAUGUACCUGAACGAGGAGGACGCCUUCUGGGCCCUGUCCCAGCUCCUCACAAACAACAACCACGCCAUGCAUGGAUUCUUCAUCCCUGGGUUCCCCAAGCUGCAGCGCUACCAGGCCCACCACGAGCAGAUCCUGUCCAAGCUCCUCCCUAAGCUAAAGAAACACCUGGACAGAGAGCAGAUGUCCAACGGAAUAUACACCACUAAAUGGUUCCUGCAGUGCUUCAUAGAAAGGACCCCGUUCACCCUGACCAUGCGCUUGUGGGACAUCUACAUCCUAGAGGGAGAGAGGAUACUCACAGCCAUGGCCUACACCACCCUCAAAAUACACAAGAAGCGAUUGCAGAAGCUUCCUCUGGAGGACCUGAGGGAGUUCCUCCAGGAGCACCUGUCCAGCUCAUUCUUCCUACCCGACGACGUGGUGGUGGAGCAGCUGCAGGCGGCCAUGGCCGAGCUCCGCAAGAUGAAGCUGGACCUCCCACCAUCAGCCAAGUCAGAGGAGCUGCCUAAGAAGCCCCUCGGUGAGGAGCGGCCUGUUCUCCUGAUGCCCUUCCAGCGUGAUCUAGCCCUCCCUCUGGACCAGCCCAAGACCAGUCUCCAGCCCCCGCUCCAGCUCCAGCCCCACAUAGAGGCCCACAGGCCGGACACCAUCACCCUUGACUGCUCCUCCUGUCCCGGGGACACCAGUAGCAUCCCUGGGGCCCACGACCCCCCGCGCCCCAUGCCCUCUCAAGACCCGGUGGUAGUCCACAAUCAGGCUCUGAUGCCAGAAGAGCCUUUAAGUUGUCCAGUCACCCCACCAAAGCCUCCGCCGAAGCCACAUAAGGUUGGGUCCACUCCAGGGGUGCGGGGUGUCAGGGAUAGGGUGGAGGAGUGUCCGAGUGACCAUGUCUCAGAGGUGGAGAAAGCAGGAGAAAGGAGUCUGUCUGAGGUUAGGGGUGGUAGAGCGGGGAUGGAGGCCCAAUCUGCAGGUCCAGAGACCCAGGGAGAGCCCUGUUACUGGCCUCCGCCCUACGAGCCCCCUGUUGGGGAUGUUUCCAUCACGCAGUCUGGAUCAGGGUCCAAGACAAUGGAGUUCCCGGAUCUACCCCCUCCACCCUUUUACUCUAUGGAAGAGAGCGCCCACACACCCCUGGACCCCGAACCUCCAUGCUUGCGAGACGGGACCAAGGUAUGGCUGAAGUCGGACUCUGUGCCCCCCUGCUCGGCUCUUUCACUAGGGGUAGAACCCCUACCGAAGCCUAAGAGUCCGCGUCCACCUCCACCCACGUCCCUGGACCUCAUCCUGGAGGAAUCCCCGUCCUCGCGGCCCUCUUUUUCCCUCGCCUUUGCCAAGCCGUCCCCCCGAAUCACCUUCAAGCCCACUAAGUUCCCCAUGUCGCUCUGCGUGCCCCAGACAGCAGGGGACCGCCGGCCCUCAAACACCUCCCAGUACGACAACCUCUCAGAGGCUGACGACGAGGACUGCUUCAUGGACCGGCUGCUGGAGGCGGCCACGGCCCUGCCGCAGAGCCCCUUGCCAGGCACCAGCCCUCAGGAAACACUGGGGAUGUUCGGCCUACCACCACCGCCGUGCAUACCCGAGCUGUGUGAUGACCCCUCAUCCUCCUCUCUUUUCCAUCCCCUACCACCGCCUCCUCCGGUGUUCCUCCUUUCCCUGCCCGACACCUCCUCUCCCACCCCUCUCUCUGCCUCCCCCUCUCCUCUUCCUCCCACCUUCUCAGCCCUUCCCUCUCUUCCGCAGGAGCCGGACUAUGAAGGACAGGAGGAGAGCUGGAUGGUAGACUCUAUCGUCAUCCCUCCUCCGCCGCCCUGCUUCGCCGAUAGACUGGCUCCUUUCCAGUAUAGCCCACCUCCUAACCACCACACUGGGCUCAGCAGCCUAACGGACACACACAGAGCCACCACUGCCAACCAGAGUCAAAGCUCAAACCAGAACCAGGGCUCCUCCCAGUUCCAAAAACUGCCCAAGGCCCACAGGCCCCUCCCUGCCCUGCCUGCCUUCACGGCCCAGAUGCUGCUUCCGGGGCCCUCAUCUGGACAGUCGUCAGGAGAGGUCCCCUCAGUGCGAUCCAACCCAGACUUUUAUAGAAUYCAUGCUGGAAGCCACCAGCUGCCCAAAUCGGUAACCUUUUAGGGUUUCUAUAGUUUGAAAGAGUUUGAAACGUAAAGAAUUUGAGACACGUGGCUGGGUCGGAACGAGACAAUGGACUGAAGAGACUGCUGCAAUUACCUACUGUGCUCAUCUAGCAUACAAAGUCAUUUUGUAGGAGGGAGAGGGGAAAACCCUUAGUGUGGUCAGUUGCUGUUUUUGGAGAGAGCAAAUCACUUUUUUCAUAGUUAUGUAUAGAUAUUUUGUGCUGUUUGCACCUUUUUAUUAAGGGCAACAAAUGUUUUUCUAAAUGUUCACCUACAUUUGAAACUGUAGUCUUGCCUAGUUUUAAGGUGUGUGUGCAUGUGUCUGGCAAUAUGACCAGUUGGUCUUUUCAUCAUGUAGGAAUCUGUUUCUUUCGGUUCCCUUUUCCUGUAACAGAAAAGUGUCUUAAGCAUUGAGCAGUUUAACAUCCAAUGAAAACAGGAAUUUCUGUUCAAGAACUCAACUCAAAGGGCUUUUCAAGUUGGCAUACAGUCAUUGUGAAGCACCAAAGGCCUAUAUCCCAUACCAGUACUUAAUUUAUGUGAGCAGGCUCACAGAACUCAAUACAAUAUAGUUAGACCAUAUGGUUAUUGAACUUAUUUGAAUUUGCUUAUAACUGCUUAAAAACAUUAAUUUGUAAACUAUUUAAAUAACAUUUAUUAGGCCUGUUAUUCAUGAUUUUGUAAUGAUGAAUAGUUGGCAGUUUAUACUUAAAUGUAUGUUACAUACUGAACAUGAGGAAAUUACAUAUGAUGAUUUACAAGCUA